GCAUUAGAGGUGGAAAAUAAUUGAAAUGAAAGUUGUUAAGGGGUAUAUAAAUACAACUUAAGUUUAGUUGCUAAAGUGAGUUUUCGUGCCAAGUUGAAGGGUGAAAUGAUGUCUUUUUUCUUAUUAUUAUUGUUGUCUUUGCAUCUUUUCUUGAGCCGAGGGUCUAUCGAAAACGGCCUACUCACAUUCACAAGGUAGGGGUAAGGUAUGCGUACACUCUACCCUUCCCGGACCCCACCUGGUGGGAUUAUAUUGGGUAUGUUGUUGUUGUUGUUGUUGCUGUUAGUUUAUGAGCUCCUAGUGUAAUUUAUCCUUAUUCUAUACUGAUUGUUGUGGAAAAUAUCUGGGGUUCUUCCUCAGUUUUAUGUUAUCCUAGUUGACUUGAUGCGGAUUUUAUGUUAGUUUCCUUUUGUUAUUACCAGUUUUGAGAAGUUCAUGUUUUUCAUUUCCAUGAACAGAACAAACGAUUUCCUUUGCUGUAAUUGGUUGUACUCUACAAUGAUAUCUCAUUUGGUUUCACUUCCAUGAGAGUGUAGUAGGUUACAUAGGUCAUCUUCUUUAUAUUAUUAACUAUUCGUAGCUCUUUUCUUAGGUAGCUCUGGUUACUUAUUGCAGUAAGUCAGCAAGAAAAUAUGGAAGAGAAGAGUGAGAUCACGAAAGAUGUCACAGAAGUAGUUCACUUCCUCAGAUCUUUCUUGGUACUCUUUACAUCUUCCUUUUUUUCAGCAUCGAAUCAUCUCAUUUUGUUAUCUUCACAGCGUAGCUUAUUGAAAACACCCCUAUGGUAUAUCUCAACAAAAUCGUGGAAGGUUGUUCUGCCCAAAUUGCUGUCAAAUUGGAGACAAUGGAGCCAUGCAAAAGGUUGCAUUCAGUCUGAUCAGAGAUGCAGAAGAGAGGGCCUGAAUACCCCAGGAAAGGUUGGUGAAGUUUGUGUGAGAAUUAAUAUCAGGAGGAAAAAGGAACACAUUGAAGAGAUAUUAUAUGAUUCCAAAUCCAUUAUGAAGCAACUGGACCAGAAAUAUGGAAGUGUACCGGAGGGAAAGUUGACAUUUUUAUUGCUGGGAUUGGGACUGCAGGCACAGUGACAGGAGCUGGAAGGUUUCUCAAGGAGAAGAUUCCAGAAAUAAAGGUUAGGUUAUUUGUGAGUGGCAAGAUGGAAGAAGUGGUAUCAGGAAUGUUGACAAAAAAGAGAAGAUAAGUGGUAUUGUUCUUCUUUCUUUUUGUCUUGAUUUCUUAUUUUCUUUCCUUCCUUUGUCUGGUGGGCAAAUCAGGUAUAUGGUAUAGAACCAGCCGAAAAUGCAUUUCUAAAUGUAGGACAACUAGGUCAGUCAAGUUUUUUCCCCCUAUUUGAGCUGUCUCUUGAAAUUGAUUGGAGCUGUGCUAUUAUUUUCGUUGGAGAAAUUAAGCACAAACUCUGUUGGUUCUUUCUUAAAGAUACCUCUUUUCUUAAACACAUUGACUCUUGUAGAUGCAUCUAAUUGUUAACAUGAAGCCCUAGCACAUCUCACUAUCUCAUGAUAAAGCAGCACCUUCUAUCAUACUUUUAUUGUUUUGCUUGGGUAGCAUUCUCAAACCAAAUACUACCUCAUUCAAGUUAUUUGAAUAUUAGCACUACCUCCUUAUGCUCUGGUAUCCAGGUAUCUCCAUCACGCAUGGAACUAAACGGACUAAUAUGCUACCUAAUAAAGCUAUUUUGCUACAGACGAAGUAUUACAUUCCUUUUUCAGAGAAAAUGUGCUUUUCAUCCAAACUAUUCUGCUGCAAAAAAUCUCCAUCUUUCUGUGUCUUCUCAGAAUAUCCAGCUCCAUGUAGAAAUUGCAUUAUUUCUAUCUAAAGAGUUUUUCCAGCUCAGCUCUCACACACACUGUUUUUCUCACUACUUUCUGUAAAUUAAUUUUUAUCAUAGACUGAUAUGAAUAAUUAAAUGUUAC